AUGGGGAAUGUCAGUAGCCGGCCUGACGAUGGCGCUGCCCUCUAUCUCAGGGAUCAGGCUAGACUGUCAAUCUCGUCCUUGUACGUUACAAAUUCACGCCGUCGAACUAUCCUCAACGUGGUGCCAAACGCAUACCCAGCAACUAAGGUGUCUGCAUCCCGAGACCUUGGAGAUAACAAUGCCGUAGAAUAUGUUCAGGACCCCGAAACGUUAACCGCCCCUUCCCCGAGCUUCAUACUCAAGAUCAAUAAUGACGACGAGCUUACCUUCAAAUUCACAUUUGUUGUCCGACAGACACAACAGGUCAUAGCUGCGGCAAAUGGCAGUACACAAGACACUGGCAGCCUGGACACAUCCAUUACAGGCCUCACUUACGUUUCCGCAUCGACCGCCAAAGAUGUAGACAUUUUGGUGACUCGAGAAUUUCAUGCUGAUCCUAACUUACACAAGAAUGCAAAUGUACAAUUGGUAGGGGAUUAUUCAACUGGUGGGAGUCAAUCAGUAUCAUUCGAAUUUUCUUGGAGGUGGCGGCCUCCGAAGCCGGCUGAGGAUAGGGGAGGUGGUUGGAGGAACAACUGCAGUUUUGUAGAGUAUGAUCCUCGUGCACAUCGACUCGUUACUCUCGCCAGCUUCUCCUUUUGGGUCUCAAAUAACCAAGGCUUCCUAAGCCAGCCGAAUUCUCCCUCACCCCCAUUCCAUCUCGUACCUCCACCCAAAUUACGCCUUCCUUCUUCACAGUCUAUGGACUCGAGAGUCAGUGGAACAGAUACUCGCGAAUAUGAUGAACCCAUAUCCCCAAACUUGGCUUCAUUUGAAAUUUCGACAGGGAACACGUCAAUCCCACAAAAAGAUUUGGUAAAGGUCGAUGUGUCUUGUCAGCGCCCCGGAGAGGAUAUGAGUGCUACUGAAGAUGGUCCUCUGUUUAGAGCUACGAUGAAGGCUCUUGAGCAAAAGACAGGCAGCAUGAGACAACGCAUGAAGAAAGUCUUGAAGAAGGCAGAAGCUGCUCACAUGGCACAAAUCGACUGCAAUGAUGCCAUCGCAGGUUUCAUGGAAGCUCUUAGGGAAGCCUCGUCAUCGAACGCAAACGCCGUUCAGCCAGCACUGGAGCAUUACUUCGACAAGAUUGCCCGUGAAAUUCUGGGAUAUGAGAAGCAAAACACGAUUAAUUUGCAAAGGAUCAUCAUCGACCCAUUGACAAAGUUGUAUAAUAUCGACAUCAAGCAGGCCGAAGCCAAAAAGAGAGAUUUUGAGGAGGAGAGCAAGGACUACUACGCUUACGUGUCUCGGUAUCUUGGCCAGCGACAGGACUCUCUAAAGCAGAAGAAGCGAGCAGAAAGCGAUACCAAGUACCAGACCAAACGCCGGAACUUCGAGUUAAAACGUUUUGACUACUCUUCUUUUAUGCAGGACCUUCAUGGCGGCCGCAAGGAGCAAGAAGUAUUGUCACAUUUGACAAAGUAUGCUGCUGCUCAAACUACAAGCUACCUAGCUACUGCAAAGAAGGUCGAAGAAAUGCUCCCUCAAUUGGAUGCUUUGAAUGCAGAAGUGCAAGAUGCCGACAAGGAAUUCCAGUAUCAACGUACCGAACGAGAAGAAAAGCGCCGCAAUCUUGAGAAGAGCACAGUCACCUAUGUUGAACCCGACACGGUGCCUGCAGUUAUGAUUCCUCCGCAGACCUCCCACUCUACUACCAAUACUGGCAGUGCGUAUAUUUCCGACCAAGAGCUUGGCCGGCCUGACAGCACAGCAACGACAUUGAGACAAGUGCCUACUAAUGGAACAGCAAUGUCUCAUGCACUCAAUGGAUCUCAUACGACCGAGUUCUCAAGAUCACCAGGAAGCCUUUCGUCCGUUGUUGGCUCUGUUGGAAGCCCCGGGCCAAACUCAAAAUUCCGAGGUAUUCGCGAUCUGGAGGAAAAAGAUCACAAUCUUGUCUCUAACAGCAGUGGUACUCAACGGAAAGAAGGACUUUUGUGGGCUCUGAGCAAGCCUGGCAGUCAUGUUGACCCGCGAGGCCUGAACAAACAAGCAUGGCACAAGUUCUGGAUUGUGCUUGAUGCAGGUAAGGUCUCGGAGUACAGCAACUGGAAGCAAAAGCUCGACUUGCAUAUGGAGCCCAUUGAUCUUCGCAUGGCAUCUGUCCGUGAAGCACGUAAUGCCGAACGAAGAUUCUGCUUCGAAGUAAUUACUCCGCAAUACAAGCGGGUGUAUCAAGCAACAUCGGAAGACGACAUGAACAACUGGAUCUCGGCUGUCAACAAUGCCAUACAAAGUGCUGUAGAAGGCAGAGACAUGCGAGAUGCCCCGUCCAAGCAGCCAGAGGCACAUUCUAUCCGACGAGAUAUCGGCUCAAUUUUGACUGGAAAGAGUUCUUCUAUGAACUAUGGUCACAACCAUCCUACGACACAGAGUGCCGCAGCUGCAAACAAUGGCGUUUUUAGACGAACCACGGUUGGUGCAAGACCUGCGUAUCACCGCCAAAGUAGCAGUGGGUAUGACGAAAGCCCCGACAAGUUGCUACAGGUCCUAAGGGAAGCUGACCAAGGCAAUUGUUGGUGCGCUGACUGUGGCUCUGGUAUUAAAACCGAGUGGGUGUCCAUCAACCUUGCGAUUAUUCUCUGCAUCGAGUGUAGUGGAAUCCACCGUUCGCUAGGUACACACAUCAGCAAAGUUCGAUCUCUCACUCUCGACAUCAACUCCUUUACCACGGAUAUUGUUGAGCUUCUUCUCCUUGUCGGUAAUCGGGUUUCUAAUAUGGUUUGGGAAGCAAAAUUGGACCAGUCCACGAAGCCAUCACCACAGGCUACGAGAGAAGAGAGGCUGAGGUUCAUCACAGCAAAGUAUGUCGAGAGGGCUUACAUUGAACCUAUCUCAUCUACAUUGUCAAGAUUUGCAACCGCAGAUGAGACGCUUUUGGCAGCCGUCAAGAAGAAUGACAUCCAGCAGGUCAUAUACGCCUUGGCCUUGAGAGCAAAUCCUAAUGUUCUGGAUAAGUCAAGAGGAACUCACUCUGUAUUUCUGGCUCUCGCAGCUGCAGAUCCUGCUUCUCCAUCCCCUGUAGCCUCGCCUUCGAGACCUGACACCUCCGCGAAAGUUGUUGCUUUUCCAAUUGCUGAAAUGCUUGUCCAGAAUGGAGCGGAGAUUCCAAGUUCCUUACCUGCUUUCCCAUUGAGUCGAAGUGCUUCUCUGUACAUUGAACAGAAGAGUGGCCGGGGAACUUCUGGUAGUGAUACCUUGGGCUCCUUGCCAAUUGGCAAUUCGGCUGAGAGGGCGCAAAAAGACCGCGAAGCACGACUGCAGAAACGAGUUAGUGCUGGAGGACGUCUUGCGAAAGCACCAAUACCUGAGCGGUAG